AUGUCUUUUGACCCUCUUUUGAUUAUUCUUAUUACCGUGGCUGCGGUUGUCAUUUAUGUCAAGUUUGCUGUCUACCCUGACGUUGAUCCCUAUGCUCUUGAGCACCAGAGCAGUGUCAGUGUAGUCCGUAACGAGGGCGAAUCCGCCAUUUACCGUUCUUCUGCUGCUCCAAUAGGUCGUCCAUUGAUUGAAGGACUGGCAAUUUCCAGUGGACGGUCAAUGCAAACACGUCCGGGAACGUUUUUCGAUAUUUGGACCCUCGCCAUCAAGAAGCUGUUACUACGAACAGCAAGAACCACAUAUGGCGUGGAACAAGUCAAUCAUAACGAUGCCGAAAAGAUUGUUUCAAAGCUUGGCCCUGUACUUAAAAAGGCCCAAUCAGGGGCUAGCACCAUGUGUAUUUUGUCAUCUAAUUCUGUAGAGACUUUGCUGACAGUCUUUGCUUCUGUUCUCUACGGUGUUCCUAUCUCAAUCAUUCACACUGACAAAGAAAGUCUUUCAAAUAUUGAAAUCCUUUUGGAAGCAGCGGAUCCCUUUAGUAUUAUUGUUUCUGAUGAGAGAUUGCUUAAAGAUAUUCCUUUGGAAAAGUAUACCCCGCACUUGCGCUACAUUUUAUAUACUGGCCUAGAGCCUGUUGGUGUGUCCACUGAAGCUGAGAUAUACCAAUGGAAAAAAUUUGUUGAGAAUCUUCAUGUUGAAGAAAACUCAAUACCCAUGCAAGAUACCGAAUUUCCAAUCCGCGUGAUUUACCCAUCAAUUGCUUUGCCUACCUCUACCAAGGAUAAUAAAGCACUCAUUACUAAGUUCACUCACCAGAAUAUUGCUGCUGCAGUUGCAACCAACAUUAAGAUUCUUCCAAAGUCUCAGCAAUGGACUGAUAAAGAUACUAUUCUUCUUUUUACCUCACAGUUUACCGUCUUUUCAUUAGUUGCACAGCUGAGCGCACUUAUUAGCCAAUCUACUGUGGCAUAUAUUGAAGUCGAGUUGGCUCUUCCAUCUGCAGUAUUGGAACAAAUUCAGCCAACUGUUCUCAUUAAUGAUAAUUACUCAACUUUGUCGCUGCUCAACCUUAGACAAGACUUGACUUUGACACAAGAGAUACACUAUGCUUUCAACCGUGCCGCGUUAUCUCGUGGCACUUUGCACAAGACCCCUGUUAUUAAGUACUUUAAGUCCGUAAACCAAAUCUUUUCAUCCACAAUGGUGUACCCCGACCAACAAGAAAUGAUUAAGGGUUCUCCUGAUGUUAAAGCAACAGACGACCAACUAACCAAUGGACAAGCAAAUGCGAUUCGUGCACUGACGGGAGCCCACUUUGUGCACGCCCUGACGACCCCCACCGUAGCAAGUUCGGUUUCGCAAACCAAUAUUUGGGACUAUCGAGAAGAUUCAUUUGAUCAAUUCAAAAAUAAUAAUGUCACUUGUAUCAACUUUGGUUCUGUUAUGAGUUGUAUCGAGGCACGGCUCGUUGAUUCUGAGCCUGACUCGGUGGAUACAUACAAUUAUGGACAAUUGCAAGUCCGUGGGUUUUCCUGCGGAGCUGACUUGUUGACAUGGCAUGAUACCGGAAUCUCCGGUUUGUUUACGCAUGAUGGAUGUUUCAGACUGGUUUAUGAAAAUUAA